AUUCGAAUAUUUAUUGCUAGAAUUUCAGACCACAUCAGCACUGCACAUCGCUGCUGUUGAAGUACGACCACGCUUAGCCCACUAGAGAGCACACACGCAAGGGCCUGUUCGUGCUCUAUGUUGGCUCAUCGUAAAAAAACCUAUUAUUGUAAUCUAUUUCUUCAUGCGUUUUCAGAAAUAAGAAUAACUAUAACAGCGAAGCAGACAAAAAAAUGUCGCCCGUAAAAAGAAAGACACUACCUGCGACGUCGAUCAUGGCGAACUCCACCUGUUGUUUUUCUAUGCCGAUCGAGCACGUAGUUCAAAGAAUUUCAUCGCUGUCUCCUACCAUGAUUCUACUUGUACUCUUUCUAUCUUUAUUUCAAUAUCCCGACUACGUAUUUCUUCAUUUUCAUGCGGGGACAGGUGUAGUAGUCUUCGCGGCACAGCUGCCACGCGGCUCUCAGCCCCAGAAUCUCCGGAAUUUGGGCACGACAGAAGCAGGACCAGCAUCGUGGCAACAUCUUCCGCAAGUGGCCUGGCAACAAGUAGAGCAUGAUCAGUCUUCCGUGGGGCAAGGGCAACAACAGGCCGCUUGGCAACAGCAGCACCAGCAGCAGCAGAUGGCGUCGCCGUCAGUGCUGCAACACACGACUGGUCUUCAUUCUGGAGGACAAGCAGCGGGGGGUCCUCGUCAUCAACCUUUUCAGCAAGCUGGGCAAGUCGUCCCUGGUGCAGCCCCAACUGCCUCCGUAUGGAGUUCUCAAAUGUCACAUUCUCAACUGUUACAUAAAUUUGCAAUACAAGACUGGCAAAAGUGAAAGGAGGAAGGUUGCGCCUUUUGCAUUACGAGUUUGGCGCAGAUUUACAUGCUGUCUAGCCCUUCCGAAAUUUGUCAUGCGAAGCAGCUCGAUCAUCUGCCGGCUCAAGGUGCUUUUGCAUGACAAAUUUAUGUAACAGCUGAGAAUGUAACGUUUGAGAACGCCACACUCCGGAAUGAUGACCGGCACGACGUCGGACUAUCAAACUACACGAGGAACUACAACUGGAGCCCAACAGCUGCCGGCGCAUGGCGGCAGCCUGGAGCAACUACAUCAAAAUUAUUCACAACGCGGUGCCACGCCCGUUGCUUUAAUGCUGCAACACACGACUGGUCUUCAUUCUGGAGGACAAGCAGCGGGGGGUCGUCAUCAACCUUUUCAGCAAGUCGUCCCUGGUGCAGCCCCAACUGGUGCCUCCGGACUGAUGACCGGCACGACGUCGGAGUUGUAUCAAACUACACGAGGAUUUUCAACCGGAGCCCAACAGCUACCGUCGCGCGGUGGCGGCGUG